ACUCUGACAUGAAUAAAAUCUUGCACUAUCUGACUCGACCACAUAUUGAAUUAGAAAAGCCCUGAUACUGGAAACAAUUUGUGUGUUGAAAUCUAGAGGUUGAUUUGAUAUGAAUAUUAGUAGAAGCCAAAUGGUUCUGCUAUCCUAAUUUAUUGUUUUGAAGCAUAGAUUAUGUGUAUUAGAGGUGAAGUUUGUACUGUCAAAUUUCAUUCCAUUUGAGUAUAUAUUUUUUUUCUGAUUGCUCAUGACAAAAUGAAAAUCGUGACACUUUGUUGAAAACUAGGUAUGCGUUUGUCAGAAAUUACUGUUGUCAUAACUCAUAAUAAAUAUUAUUAUUAUUGGCAAACUAGUUUCCGCCUUUGAAAAAUUAUUUUGAAUAUUUAUUCAAUUUUAAAGCUUGAGCAUUACUAAAUCAAUAUUUAAUAAAUAAUGAUAUGUACUAAAUCAUUAUGUACACCAUGUGUUUUCUAUAUGAUGCUGUGAAUUUGAAUAUUAUAUUAUAUAACAAUUCGAACAAUAUUUUUAAAUGACUGAGAGAAAUUGAUAAUUUUGGUUGAUUAAUUUACUCAUCUUAAAUUAUUCUCUAUGAUUUAGCAGAAUUAUGUGGCGCCUAGUUUACUGUUUAAAAAUAAGCAAAAGUGAAAAUUAUUUGGGCAGAGUUCUACCUUCUGGAACAGGUGUUUUACAAUCAGUAAAUCAAGAUAGAUAUUAUCAUGGAAAUAGGAAAUUCAUGAAAGUGAGAUCAAAGCAUAAAUCAAGGAAUCUUUUUGCACCCGUGGAAAACGUUCACGCCGUUCGCAGGGGUGAAAGAUUCAAUAGAAGAUACACUGAUAAAUAUGGAGUCAGAUCUGAUAAAUUUGUCCCACCUCAUAAAUUACCUGCCCCACGUUGGAAUUGGGAUUACGACUUGACCAAAAAAUCUGCAUCAACAUUGCACGGUGUUCACUCUGAUAAUGUUGUUAAAUUCAAUCAAGAUAUUGUAGAUAAUAACCCACUCAAAGAUAAACAAUGGGAAUUGGGAACGUGGGAACCCUGGUCGAAAAGAUGUGGUGCUGUUGGGAUUAAGCUAGGCGUACAAUACAUGUGGCUAAAAGAUGGUACCUGUGUUUCUUCAACGCUCAUUCAAAUAUUAGAUUGUCAUGUUAUUAAAUAUUUUUCAAAAGAAGAAUACAAUGGAAGAAUUGCUGCUGCACUUAUUGGUGCAAAAAAUGCUAGUCCAUUCUACAGAGGAGAGAAAUAUCAUCAAUUCUGUUUAGAUGCUGGUGUACCAGUCAAGGAAAAAUGUUUUCGCUUUCUCAUUACUGAAAAUGCCCGUCUAAAACCAGGAACACCUAUUUAUGCAACUCAUUUUAGAGUUGGCCAAAGUGUAGAUCUUUUAGCUAAGUCUAUUGGUUAUGGUUUUGCGGGAGUUAUGCAACGUUGGCAUAUGAAAGGAGGCCCUGCGUCACAUGGAGCUACAAAAUGGCAUAGAAGAAUAGGAUCCCUUGCAGAUCGUUCUGGACGCGUUGUGAAAGGCAGGAGAAUGCCAGGGCAACUUGGUGGCACAUAUGAAACAGCGUAUGGUCGAAGAAUUUUCAGAAUCAACACAAGAUAUAAUGUUCUUUAUGUGAAAGGAAGAAUCCCAGGGCAUAUUAAUACAUUUGUUAAAAUUUCGGACACUUGUAAUAAAAAAUUACAACCUCGAAAUGAAGAUGAAGUGUUAAAACAUAUUGGUCCAUUUCCAACUUAUCAACCUGAAUUAGUUGAUGAAGAAUUACCAGAAAACAUUUAUGAUGAUUCUGUUUUUGAUUUUGAUAAUCCAUCUAUCGUGUUAAGUGAAGAUUCUUGAUUGUUAUUUAUUUGCUUUAUUAUCGAUAUCGCAGAAAAUUGAAUCGCUCUCCCUUGGUAAUUUUUGUUAAAAAGUUUUUAUUCUCUGAUGAGAUUUUUCUGUAAUGUUAUACAAAUUUAUCUUCGAAAAAUUUGAUGUUGCGAACGGUUGCAUUUAAAUUUGAUCACUUCAUUUCAAAUUUGAAAAAAGCAAAUAAUUCGAGUAUGCGACUCAUUUUCCCAUCAUAAGUAGCAAUUUGUAAUAAAAAUCAUAAGCUGUUUUGUGUAAUGGUACGCUUCUCUUUUUUUGGCCUAAUGUUAUAUUUAAAAAUUGUACAUUGAAUUGUAUAGCUCAAUCGCUUGACAGACAAGGUCCAAACGUUUUGAUAAAUAUUAUUGUGGGCAUGUGAUUCGUAAUUUUAACCUAUAACUUUUUAUAAUAUAGGGGCCCAAUUCAAUUUUAACACUAUCAAAAUCUAUUUCAAAAACAUUUAAAACUCUAAAAUUCAAAUUUGUCGCUCCCAGUUUUGCAGUGAGACUUAUUAACAAUGAUUAGGCAUUACCAUAAAACAAUCAUCUUGUGAAUGACAAUAAUUUUGUGUCGCUUUAUUUUUCUUUUCAAACUUUGAACCUUUUUUGUAUUUCAG